AGAUUAGUACAAAACAAAGAAUUAGUACAGGAUAUUUCAGUGGGCUGCGUGCUCAUUUCACGCUCGUCUUGAGGCAGAGGCAUCAUCCAUACUCCUUUCUCCUCCACCACCUCUACCUAGAUGGCUUUGGAGUCCUAUACAUUCGGGCCGUACAAAAAGGACAACAGGGAAGUGUUUUACAGCACUAAUUUAUCGUAUGCGUUGGUUAAUCUGCGCCCUAUCGUUCCUGGUCAUGUGCUGAUUAUCCCAAGGCGUGAAGUGAAGCGGUUUGCUGAUCUCACUGUUGAUGAGACCACUGAUCUUUGGAUCACAGCGCACAAGAUUGGCAGUCGGCUUGAGAGCUACCACAAAGCAACAUCUCUAACAUUUGGGAUUCAAGAUGGUCCCCAAGCAGGGCAGACUGUACCCCAUGUUCAUAUCCAUAUCCUUCCACGCAAAGAUGAUGCACUCGAUGAAAAGGAGAAGAAAUUAAAGAAGAAGCUUGACUCGGAAAAGGAGAGGAAGGACAGAAGCCUGGAGGAAAUGACCCAAGAAGCAGAUGAAUACAGAAAGCUCUUCUUGUGAAAUGCAAUGGUGAAGUUCAUUCUCUUACUUGCGCUGCUCGACAAACUCCACAGAGAGUACACACUACACAAUGGCAUCAGAAACCUUAGCCUUAAGUAACUGAAUUCCUAAAAUCCAAUUCACCUCCAGUGUGCUGGGAUGAUCAGCUAUCACUGAUUACAAGAAUUUUUGUUCUUUCCUUCUAUAUCCAAUUUACCUCCAGUUAAUGUGGACUCUACAGGGUGGAAUAAGAGGAAGUGAUUAUAAAUAAUUCACAUCAA